AUGGAUGAUAAUACCCGUGCACUAUUGGGAGACAAGACUAACAACUCCAAAGAAGUCGAUGAUGCUAAAGAACGUAAGAGGGAAAGGGAUAGAGCUCGUUGGCAACAACAAAAGGAUGCAAUUAAUAAGAGGAAGGAUGCAAUUAAUAAGAGGCGCCGUGAAGCCUAUCAUCAAAGAAAAAAGCAACAUGUUAUUGGAACUACCAGUUAUAAUGCAUCCUAA